GGCUUCUUCAGGGUAAUACAAGAAAAUCUGCUUUCACUUGUAUUGGAGAUCCGAUUAAUGAUUUACUUGUGGACUUUUUGUCAUAGCUUCACGUAAUAAAGUUCUCCAAAUGUCGUAUGAAAAAGUAACUGCAUCUUCAUGUAUCAGGUUUUUCAAAUGCCUCAUCGUUUCACAUCUUGGUAGAAUCAUGUCAAGAAACGAUUUGACCAAAUUUAAUUCGUCGGCAGUUACCGGGAAGGUCACUCACGGAUUCCAAAAUACAAGGGACCGUACAUAUUUGAUCUAACCGAUACAGGAGGUUGAAAGUAGUUUUGGCUUUGAAUUUUCCUAUCACCAUUAUUUAAGUCUACUUAAUUCAAAUGAUGAAAUUUCACAUUAAUUAUCAUAAUCAUUCUAACUGAUAUGUUUGCUUUAAAAUGGAAAUAAUGUUAUUUCAGUUUAACAAUCAGAUUAGAGUUUAGAUAAAAAAGGAUGAAUAUUUCCGUUCCCAAUAUUCCUUUUAAUUUUAGUGACAAAUAUUUUGAUGCUAUUUGGGAACCAUUAUUAAUGCCAUUUGAUUAUGAAUUAUCACUGAAUUCUCAUUAAAUAUUGACUUUCAAGUAGCGAAUCAACUAUUAUUACUCUCAGUCGUCCUAUCAUUAUUAUGAUCUUUUUCGAAAUCUUCAAAAUCCAACGAAUGGUUCUUGAAUUCGUACUGUGGAUUAGCAUUUUUCAUGCCGUGAAUUUUCAAAAUAGUUUUCAUUCGAAAUGAUUAUUCUUUUCUUUAUUUGAACACAUAAAUAUUGUUACAAAGGGGCAUUGACUACAUAUACGCCACACAAGUCACUUGAUUGGUGUGAGGGAUACGGUACUCCCCAGGUGCUCAAACCAAAGCAGGUGAUUUCCUUAAGGAGCCACAUCCGGAGCCUUCGACCUAUAGGUCUGAUCCACAAGGUAGUGGAGAAACGUUAGGAGAUGCAGUAACAUGGUAGCCGGUGACUAACGAUUUGUUCGUAUGCCAUUUGUUCCUCCAGGAUCCUGGACCACAUGUGCACGAUUGGUUUGGAAUAAGGGUUUUCCAACCCCACUAUUUGGACCCUCCGUGUCCACCAACCCGCUUAGAGCGUUGGACAUUCGCUUUUUGUCCUAUUGACUUCGUAAAAAACACCUGUGGUGCGAGAAGGCAGUGAGUAGGACUUUUCUGUCAGUGGUUGUAUAUGCGUGGCCAUUUGAGACCAUCAUAAGUCAUUUACUUCCACUUUCAAAUUGAUCUAAAAAUCAUAUCAGUACUUCACUUCCUUUUAGUCGCAUUCCAACGAUCGAAUUGUUCUAUAGAAUUGUCUUUGUCUAAAUAAUCUGAACGGAUAUAUAAGACCACAAAAUAUUUUGAAUUCGACGAUUUUUUUCCACUUUAUCAAUUCUCACUCAUCACUUUGAUUAAUAGUAAAAAUAUUCAACAGUAAUAUCUAAGUUUAGGUUUCCUUCUGAAAACUUCAUCAUACUGAUACCUAAAAUAAAACAUUUUUUCUUUUUCAUAUUUCAGAAAACACAUAGUAUGAUAUGAGGCCAAAACUUCCAAAAACUAUUUCAGCAUGGCAGCUGAUGAGCUUUCUACCACCUGGUGCAGCAGACAUCACAUCUGAAUUACACUUCACAAGGACUAGACGUAUGCCCAAUAUAACUCGUCCAGACCAAUUACUUAUUAAGGUUAAAGCGGCAUCCUUAAAUCCUGUCGAUUCUUUGCUUGUCUAUGGUUAUGGUUCUUCUAGCUUUAAUUUAUUACGUCGCUUUACAUCAAACUAUGGUUGCUUUGGUCUACCUGAUGCCACAACAGCAGAAAAUGCUGAUUUUCCUUUUACACCUGGUCGUGAUUUUUCUGGUCAAAUAGUUGACAUCGGUUCAGAAGUUGCUUUAUCCAACCUAAACAGGCAAAAUAAACUUAUUAUUGGUACAAAUGUGGUUGGUGCUACAUGGCCUUUUCUCAGUACUACUGGAUCUGGUUCAUUAGCUGAAUAUAUUGUCUGUCCAGCCGAUUAUGUUGCUCCAUUACCUAGUAAUGUUUCUUUCAUAUCUGCAGCUGCAUUAGGAUAUGCUGGUUUAACUGCAUGGUCAGCUUUAGUUGAUGCCGGUGGAAUCGACCCUGUUAGUAAGUCAUCACCAUCAGCUUGUUCAAUUCUUAUAACUGGCGCCACUGGUGGUGUUGGCUUUAUUGCAGCACAAUUGGCUAAACUUUGGGGUUGGAAAGUUCAUGUCACAUGUCCAAGUGAUAAAAAGGCAUUAGAUUUAAUGAAUGUUUUACAAGUUGAUGAAAUAUUUCCACAUCCAACAAAUAUUCAAACAACAAUGAAAUAUGAUUUAAUUCUUGAUUGUAUUCGACCGGAUUAUUUGAAUACAACAACUUCAUUCACCACAUCAUCAUCAUCAUCAUCGUCGUCGUCGAAUACACAAUUGAAACAAUGUCAUUUCAUUGAUCAUUUAUUACCUCAACUACCAUCUAUGUUAACUUAUUUAAAUACAUCAUCAAAUCGUACACGUUAUAUUAUGCUUAAUCCACCAUUAUUAUAUUUAAAUGAUUAUUAUGGACCAUUUAUUGGUAGUGGAAUAGCAUAUUCACAAUUAUUGUAUAGUAAUAUUGCAGCAUUAUUCUCUAACAAUAAUGUUUAUAAUACUAAUUUAAAUAAAAUACGUUGGGUAUUUUUUAAACCAAAUAAUAAAGUAUUAAAUUAUCUUUUAAAUUUACUUUCAAAUAAACAAUUAAUAAUACCAGUGGAUACUGUUUAUCAAUUUAAUCAUGUACCAGAUGCAUUUCAUCGAUUGUAUACUAAAGGAAAACGUGGUAAACUUGUAAUUGAAGUGAAUAAUUAAUAAAUAAUCUUUCUUUUAC